UAGUAAUCGGCUUAUCGGUAUUGUGUCUGCUUCUUCUUCCAACUGCGGUCGCAUGGCCGGGCAAUUGUUGCUUUAAUUCUUGACGUUUUCCCGAAAUAUGACAAUAAAUAAACUAAAUUCGCACAUACUGAAAGAAAUGCAGCUUAGUUUCCGGCUUACUGAAGAGCGCGAGUUGGCCUCCGGUCGCAAGAGGCCCGGAAAACGAGUUCCUCUACCUGUGGCGGCUCCAACAGUUCCCAGUGCUCCCGCAGGGAUUUCGAAAACUAAACAGCAGAAAAUGGAUGUGGAAAACCCAAACCUGGAACCAUUCCAGGAACCAAAGAAAGCAAAGCCGAAAUCUAAUAAGAAAGCUGCUCAAAAGAGACCUGCCCAUUUCAAAGAUACCAAGUCUGAGACUUCUCCGUCCAUAAAGAAGCCGAAGAAGGAUGUAGCUGCUCCUAGGGAUAAUUUUAAAACGAAAUUUGAUAACACAAAAUCUGAAAAAAGCUUAGUUAAGAAUAAAAAAUUCCAAGAGAAUGUUCAAAAGAAGGCAGGCAACUUAAAAGUUAAAAAACAACCAGUAAACUCGAGGAAACCCAAGGAUUCCGGGUUGAAAAUAAAUAAAAAGGCUUCUAAGAAACAAGAUAAAAAAGUUCCUAAGAAGAGUGAAAAGACACAUGGAGUUGAACAUAACAAGUUGAAUGAUUCCAAAGUUACCAAAGUAAAAAUUGUGACAGAAAAACUUAAAAAAGUCAAUGGUACCAAAGCCCAGACUCUGAUGGUUCCCAAAAUAAAUGGAUUUGUAGAGGAAACAUCUAGUGAAGACUCCUUUGAGGAUUUCGAGGAUAAUUCCGAUUUAGAAGAUGAAAAUGAUGACUAUUUUGAGGGGAAUUCAGAGGACGUCUGGACUGAAGAAGAAAGCAGUUCCGAGGAGUUCGAUGGCUUUGAAGACGAAGGCGAGGACUUCUUCAGGGUGCCUAGGAUAGUUAAGGCGUCCAAAAAGGAUAAAAGCAAGCGACUUACGUUGCCAAAUCCCUUUGAAGAACCUGACGACAGCAGGGUCCACCUUUUUCAAGGCGAUUCCCAAGGGUCUGUCCGCAAAAUUAUGGUCUUCGAGUCGAAUGUCCUAGCCGAAGUGGACAAUGUCGAAACGGAUGAUGAUUACGUCCCUCGAAACAGUGAAGACUUUGAAUCAGAAGAUUUUGACAGUGAUGAGACUGAUAGCGAGGAUUUUGACAGUGAAGACAGCGAAGACUUUGGUAGUGGAGACAGCGAAGACUUUGAAUACUUUGAGAGUGAAGACAACGAAGACUUUGACGAUGAAGAUAGUGAUGAUUCAGAAAGUGAAGUCACAGACAGCGAGGAUUGUGGCAUCGAUAUCUUUGAUAGCGACGACCUUGACUCCACCUAUGAACCACCUAAUAUUGAAGGUUUCUUUGAUGAUACGCCGCCGCAUUUGCAGAAAGAACCUCUGAUUAUUGAAGAAAUCUUUGAUGAGCCACCUGUGGCAGAAAAACAAAAUGAACUGGUUAGAUAUAACCCCAAAGAGAAGGCUAUUGUGACAGAAAAGAUUGUAAAGGAGACCAUUAUAGCAAAAGAAGCAAAAGACGAGCCCGAAGUCAUGAUAGAAGCUGAAGUAAAAGUAAAGGAAUUGCAUAAAGACACUCCUGUUACAGAACCGAAUCAAGUUCCUCAGUCAAAUGACACACCCUUCUAUAGAAAUCCGCAAGCCAUUGCCACCGAGCUCAGCGUCUUCGAAAACAGCCUGAAGAGCAACUACGUCCUGGCUGUAAUUAAGGAGAACAUUGAACUCUAUGGAACAUUGGUGCUGACCCUGCUGAGUGGCCAAAUCACGGUGAAUGGCCACAGAGCCCGCAGGCAAGAACCACUAACCAUUUAUUCACUAAAAGGUCUUCCUUGGGUGUCCGUUUCGCCGACCAAAAUAAAAAAACCAGCUAAGGAUGAAGUGAAUUGGAAGGAAUUGAAUGAGAACUUUACUCAAGCACAGCUGGACAGGAUUCAGGGUAGCUUCCAGAGCCCGACAGACGCCAUUGUGCUGCUGCAGCGCAAUGCCGGCGCCCAGCGUCUCCUAGAAACCUUUGGUAAACAUAUGGCCCAAAAUUUGUUUCCUCUGCUAAACACCUCCAAUAGGCCGUACCACCAGAGCGAAUCUCUGCUGCAGUGCCUUAUCCAAAACUCCGAUCUGAGUCAUACGCUGCUAGUUCCGACGGUUUGGAACAAGUUAAAGAUACAUCCCGGCAGUAGAAUAAUCAUAGCAGGUGGGAAAGGCGUUGGAAAGUCAAGUUUGCUACGUUACCUCAUCAACCGGAAUUUGAGUCAGCUUCCGUCUUUCUUGCUCAUCGAUUUGGACAUCGGGCAGCCCGAAAUCUUUGUUCCCCAGACUGUUUCGUGUACUCUCAUCGAUGGACCACUUUUGGGACCGGGAUUCCUGCUUAACAAACAACCGGAAUGCGCCUACGUCGUUGGCCACACCAACAUAGUCAUGUGCGCGGAACAGUAUGCCAGAGCUGUCAUCCAAUUGAUCCAGCAUGUCCAGAAGGAUUCCAAGUACGAAAAUAUCCCCUGGCUGAUAAACACAAUGGGCUACAACAAGGGCUUUGGAACUGAACUGAUGGCUCUGCUGGUGGACCGUAUCCGACCCACGGACUUGAUACAGAUUGCCAGUCCAAUAGCGAUCAACAACUUUGAUUCACCGCUUGAGUGGAGCAGCCUCUCGCAGUGCAAACCGAUUAUUUAUAUGGCCGAUGAGUUCCGGGUGAAGGAAAUUCCAAAAUACACGCUCCACAGACUGAUGAGUGCUGUGCCGCCCAAGGAGCGGGGAACAUGGAGCCUGAGUGCCAAGGAUAUGCGGUAUUCUAAUCUUUUGGCCCGUCUUAGUUCGUGUCUCACGGGAAAUGCCAAAUCCUUGGCAGAUUGUCAGACGCUCGGCGUGCCUUUAGAAGCCUUAGAGAUUCAGCAUCCCACUAGCGAAGAUUACACGCGUGAAGAACUGAUCCAGGGCAUGGAGGCCAAUGUGGUGUAUCUGUGUCACCAAGAAGCUGGGGGCUUGCCGCAAUGUUUGGGAAUAGGAGUUGUCCGCGCCAUUGACUACGAACGCCAGCGACUGUUCCUCGUACCUGCCAUGCCCCUGCAGUUUAUGCCUCUUGUGAACAGUCUUAUACUCGGCGGAGAACUAACCCUGCCACAGGGAUACUUUCGGGAUCAGGGUCAAGGAGUUUCCAGCAGUGUACCUUUUGUAUUCAUCCUGGACGAUUCCAAGUCCUCGAAGAGCAUACAGCAGAUCUACCAUCGACCGCCGGCCUUCCUAGGAGUGCCAGCGAAUCAGAGGAACGGAAACUGAACCGAACACCGGCUACAUUGUUUUGUAAAUAAAAAGGUUU